UAAUUCUUUUCUCUCUCUGAGGAGCUCAGAGAGGCUUUUAUUUUGGAUUCCAGCAAUUAUGAAAAAAUAAAAAACCAAAACCAACAGCCCUGCUUUUAGGAAAUGGCACAGGUAGAGGAGAAGUGGCCCGGUGUGACUGUUCUCUCAGCUGCUGCUCUGCCUUCUGUUUUGCAGCAUCAUUUGUUCUGUCAUGAGCGGAGGGCAGCAGAAGGUCCCCCAAAUCUUACAGCUAAAUUAGGCCCCCUGGGUUCCCUGUGGUGGUGACAGUGGAAGCAAAGUGUUGCAGAAGGGCUUUGGGACAGUAAGGGAAUGACUAAAACAGCAGGUGAAGAUCCAGCAUUGCACCAGGAUUUCUCCGGAGCCUGUAAGAACACCAGGGACUGUAGACUCUGCCUUUAGCCCCUUCCUUAAAAAAUUCCUGGACCUGGAUCCUCUGACUGGGCCUGAGCAGGGCCUAUGUGUCUGCAUCGAUUCCAGGAGUUUGUGCUGUCAGAGGUUACAUCUCCAGCAGAGGACAGUUUGGAGAAUCACACCUCGUAGGAGUGGGAAGUUGUUGAAGAUUUCUGUGGUGGACUUCCACAAAAAACAAAUUUUCCUGCUCCAGGUGCUUUCUGGAUAAUGGCGAAGAUGGUGAGAAGAAGAUGUGCAUUUUGUUCAGAAGGGGAGGCCGGCUCUGUGAUGUAUAUCGCCACAGAGAGAGAUAUUGCAGCUCAUCAGGAUUGUCUGUUAUUUUCCUCAGGAUUUGUGGAAUCUGAAGAUCAUAACCCAGAAAAUCUGGAAAUAAGGUUUGAUGUGUCAUCGGUGUUAAAAGAGCUCAGGAGAGGAAAGCGGCUGGUGUGCAACUUCUGCCGCAAGAAGGGGGCCACGGUGGGCUGUGAGGAGCGCACGUGCCGCAGGAGCUACCACUUCUUCUGCGCGCUCUGCGAUGACGCAGCCGUGGAGACCGACCAGGUCAACGGCAUCUACCGAGUGUUCUGCCCAAAACAUGACCCAGGGAAUAGGACCAAUCACUAUGAUGCAGCAAAUAAGAAAAGAAGACGUACAUUGACAUCUCCCACCAUCACAGAAGAAAUGAGUACAGAAGAGACAGCAGAAGAAAACCAUUUACGAAUACUAAAACGAAAGAACAACAGACAUAAAGUUCGAACAGACUUUGUUAGGAAGUGCAAACAAGCUGGGCUUCUGGAUGACAUAUUUGAAGAAAUGCUGGACACACUUCACCUGGCUCAGGAAAAACUGAUGGAUGACAACACUUCAGAAACAGAGUAUGAAGAGACAGUGAUGGCACUGUUUGACUGUGGACUGUUUGAAAAUAUACUGACAAAUAUUCAUUCAGGAACAGAAGAAAAAAUCCAGAAACUUCUGGAAAACAGAAAAAGACUGGAUCACAAGAUUGAGCUACUGCAGGAUGUAAAAGAAGUCAUCCUUCCUACUCCAGAGAACACAGCCAGUACAUCAAGUACGAUGUCUGAAUAACCCCUGUCUGUGAUGGUGCAAGAGUUAAGAUUUUCUAAUGAUAAAAACCACAGAGCAGUCAGGUCAGCCCCAGCUGCGAGCAGGGGCUGAAGAGGUGCAAGAAUGGAGUGUUAUUUUUAUACCUCACUGUUGCAAUAAUUUAAAGUUCUUCAAGUGUUAAAAUCUUCAUCUUCAAAUUUUUCCCUCAUUUCACUAUAAAUUUUCAUUUGUAUUCCACAAUGGAAUAUAAAUGAAUGUUUUAAAGUAAAUUUAGCUUUUACAAAAUAAAUGAAUGUUUUAAAGUAAAUUUAGCUUUUACAAAAACUCCAGAGAACCCCCCAGUAAAGACCUUUUUCUCAAAGCCAAGGCAGUGUUCAACUGCCACAGAACACUUGCUAAAGUCACUUUAACUGUGGGAGCCCUUUCUUGGCUGGGCUCUAGACCAUGAUGAUGUUUGAAGGACCAAAGUGCUGCUUUGGCUUUCCCAAAAAAUAUAAAUGAGCAGAACUUGCAUUCAAGGAAGCCUUCUGGAUUAUAAACAGGAGUUUAAUUUUAAAAGCCUAGUUUUUCCUUAUUGACUGGUCAAGGUGUAGCUGUUUCUGCUGUAAUGGCAGUGGUAAAGCAAUGUUUGCAGGCAGACCAGGGAGGGUAGGACAUUAAACUCAGAAAACAUACGAUGUAAAAUUGAGAAAAACAGUGACUGGAUCUUCCUUUCACUAUUAAGAAAGGGUUCAACUUUCAUAUAUUGUUUGAAUACAGCAAAGCAUUGUUUAGCCACAACAGACUAAGUCUAUAAAAUAAAACAUUUUUUAAAGGAGCUGUGUGUGGAGUUGUGCUCCCUGUCCCUGGUGCUGCACAGGAUUUGGCCAAGAAGGGGGAGUGCUGUCAGACUGUGAUUUACCCAGCCUUUGGCUGAGGAACGAGCAGAGCACUGGCAAACACCACUUGGCCUGACCCCAGUGAGAUCCUGUUACAAUAGCUGUACUCGGAAUUCCUCACUUGAGCUUGUUCUGUAGGAAGAUGGAGAUUGAUAAGCACAGAAUAAUAGCAUUCAAAAAUGAGCUCUUGAACUAUAAGAUGUGUGUGAUUCAAUAAAAUAAGAGUAAUUUUAAUUACAUACACAGUUCAAGUCUGCUGCCCUUCUGGGCCUUGAACCAUCACCAGUUUACUGCCCAAGCCCAGGACUUGAGUGCCACUCAGCCUAAAAAAACCCCCAUCUAAACCAAAAAUGCAUUAAACAAGGAGCUCUGUUAUUAAACACAAGGAGAAUGAUAAGGAUGUCCAUACAUACCUUUUGAAGGGUUACAGCCACUUAAGGAUGACUUAGUAUAAAAAAAUCAGAUUGAUAGAGUGAAUCAUUGAUGUCUAAAAUCAGUGCCUACAAAGAAAUUUGCUCAUUUCUGAAAUCAAGAUCACAGGUAUUUUGUCAGGCACAGUGAAAUCAGCAAGAUUCAUU